AUGGAUAAAUUAUGGAUGCAUGCUGAUAGAAGAUCACAAACCUUUGAGCUAGGUGUUGAAGAAAUGCUUAUGUUUGCAUUAGAGAAUGGUUGUGAUCAUGGGGAAAAAUCAGAAAGUGAAUGGCAUUUUGAAACUGUAGAGAAGGAACAGAAUGACAUAGGUAUAGGGGGGUCUGAUGAUGAAGAGUUUUCAGAAGACUCUAAUGAGUUUUUAAGGUUUGUCGAAGAUGGCGAUAAACCUCUUUACCCUGGUUGUACCCGUUUUACCAAGUUGAAUGGACUUGUUAAAACUUAUAAUCUGAAAGCAAAGCAUGGGUUGAGUGAUGCUUGCUAUUCAGACAUGUUAAUACUGAUUGGAAUCUUGCUUCCAGAAGGUAAUGAAGUACCAGGUUCUUUUUAUGAGGCCAAAAAGACGUUGUGUGCGUUAGGGAUGGAUUACCAAAAGAUACAUGCUUGCCCUAAUGACUGCAUAUUAUAUAGGGAUAAUCAUAUGGAUGCGGUUUCGGAAGAUGUUUCAGUCGACACAACAGCUAAAGCUUUGACUUGGCAUGCUGAUGAGCGAGUGAAGGAUGAUAAAAUGAGGCAUUCAGCUGAUUCCCCUAGUUGGAAGUUAGUGGAUGAUAAGUGGCCUGCUUUUAGGUCAGAGCCUAGGAAUCUAAGGCUAGCGCUAUCCUCUGACGGUUUCAAUCCCCACAGUUCUCUUUCUAGUAGAUACUCUUGCUGGCCUAUCAUAUUAGUGAGCUACAAUCUUCCUCCAUGGCUUUGCAUGAAGAGGAAGUAUAUGAUGCUCACUUUGUUAAUCUCGGGACCUAAACAACCUGGAAAUGACAUUGAUGUCUACCUCCAGCCAUUGAUAGAUGAUUUGAAGAUUUUGUGGGAUGGGGUUGAAGAGGUAUAUGACUGUUAUAGGAAAGAGUACUUUAAACUGAGAGCAGUACUCUUUUGGACGAUCAAUGACUUCCCUACUUAUGGGAACCUGUCAGGCAACAUUAUGAAAGGAUACAAUGCGUGUCCUAUUUGUCUUGAGCAUACCAAACCUCAUAGGCUGGGUCAUGGUAAGAAGAUGUCGUAUCAGCGGCAUCGAAGAUUCUUACCACAUCACCAUCCUUAUCGAAGACAGGCAACAACUUUUGAUAACACUGAAGAAGUUGACCCCGCUCCUGUUCCAUUAAGUGGAGAGGAUGUGUUGAAAAGAGUAGAAGGUUUAACCAGACCUUUUGGUAAAAACCACACUCAUCCUCCAUAUAAGGGUGUUGAAGAUCAGAACAGACCUUGCUGGAAGAAGAAAUCAUUUUUUUUCCAACUUGAGUACUAG